AAACUGGAAGUUUGCGCAGUGGAGUUAAGGACUGAUUUUGAAGUCAAGACAAGACUAGCGCGAUAUCGUAUAGAGUACUGCCAUUGUUGCCUUCAUUUUUUUUAAAAAUAUUUACGAGUCUGCCAUAUUUAAGAAAAUGCCACUCAGUACUCGAGAAAUAAUGGAUGCCCUUGCCAUUGUGGCAGAACACGAAAACGUGAAAGUUGCAGUCAGGAAAUCGGUUACGGGAGGUGUUAUUGCUUGUUUAACAACUAUUUGUGGAGGCCUCCUGGGUGGACGUGUCGGCAUGGCGAUUGGUAGCACAUUUGGUGGAAUCACAGCCUAUUUUAUGAGUAACAACUUCAAGCCUCUCCCACAAAUAUUAAUGGAAGACCUUAGUGUUCACCAGAAGGAAGAAUUGGUUAGAUCUGUUCGGGCUGUUAUUAAUGACAUUAGAGUAGAAGAUGCAGUUAUGCUUGCGACAUUGAUUGUCAGUAACAGAACUCUGUCAAAAACUGUUCUACAGUUGGUAGUAAAUUUUCUGAGAACUCAGAUGUAGAAGUAACUGGCCCAAGCUAUGUUCAGUAGUAUCAUUUUUCUGUUUAAAAUCAAACAAUAUUAUUGUCAUACAAUGUAGGCUAUCAUAGCCAGUGUUGUCUUCAGUUAAAACUUCUGGGCUGAGAGGUCGUGGUCAUUGUAUAAAAUUUCCACCGAAUGUUACGUCUCCAUAUGCGGGAGACAUCUUCUGAGGUCGUACGGCUACUGCC